AUGCCCAUAUCACAAGGCAAAGGCAAAGGCAAAGGCCUGCAGGCGCGGCUCCAGCUCCACACACGAGGACCAGAUCCAGCGGCAGCGGCAGCGGCAGCCCUCGGCCCCCCGCUUCCCUACUGGGGCGGCGCCGCUGUUGGCGCAGAGGAGCAGAGGUGGCGCAUCGGCAUGGACUCCGCCGCCGUCGCUCUCCUCGACUCCCCCGCCUCCGCCUCUUCCUCCGCCGCCAACGGCAACGCCAAGGAGAUGCCCGCCCGACACCUCGCCCACCGCACCGCCCACAACAUGUCCUCCUCCUCGCUCCGCAAGAAGUCCGACCUCGCCCUCCUCCGCAAGGUCCCCUGCGCCACGCUCCGCCGCCUCCUCGACAACUUCCAGGAGGUCCUGCUCGCCACCAAGCUCGCCCUCCUCUUCCCCGCGGUCCUCCUCGCGCUCGCUGCGCGAAUCUUCCAAGUCGGCCAGGCAACUCCUCCUCUUCCUCCUCCUACUGUCAUUGCAUCUUUUUUUCCCAUUAAUUUCUCGCUCGAAUGGGUCUUUGUGCUUAGCUUGAUCGGCCUUGUUCCUCUUUCUGAGCGACUUAGCUUUCUGACUGAGCAGGUUGCAUUUUACACAGGGCCUACUGUGGGUGGACUGUUGAAUGCAACAUUUGGAAACGUAACAGAGGUCAUCAUUGCAAUCUUUGCGCUGUAUGAAGGCAAUGUAGUGGUGGUGAAAUGCUCCCUACUUGGCUCAGUCUUGUCCAACUUGUUGCUUGUGCUUGGAACCUCCCUUUUCCUUGGUGGCCUGGCUAACCUUGGAACUGAGCAGCUAUACGACAGAAUGCAAGUAGAUGUCAGCACAGGACUUCUGAUUCUUGGCGUGCUAUGCCACUCUCUGCCACUGAUGCUGAGGUAUGCUGUGAGCUCUGGGGAGCACGCAGUAUCCUCUUGGGAUUCAGAACUGGAGCUGUCCCGAGCAUGUAGCAUUGUCAUGCUCCUUGCCUAUGUAGCCUACCUUUUCUUCCAACUGAAAACCCACCGCCAACUCUUUGAGCCCCAAGAGGUCGAAGAUGAUGGUGAUGAUUCGGUCUCUCAAGACGAGGCAGUACUGGGAUUUUCCAGUGCGAUGAUUUGGCUGGGGGUCAUGACUCUGAUGACAGCAGUCCUAUCAGAGUUUGUUGUGAGUACAAUUGAGGCAGCAUCAAAAUCAUGGGAACUAUCUGUCAGCUUCAUUAGCAUCAUCUUGAUUCCAAUAGUUGGUAAUGCAGCAGAGCAUGCCGGUGCAGUCAUAUUUGCUUUUAAAAACAAGCUGGACAUCACCCUCGGAGUAUCUUUGGGUUCUGCUACACAAAUUUCCAUGUUUGUGGUGCCAUUGAGUGUCCUUGUAGCCUGGAUCAUGGGAGUCCCGAUGGAUCUUGAUUUCAACUUGCUUGAGACUGGUUCUUUGUUUCUUGCAGUAUUAGUAACGGCCUUCACGCUCCAGGAUGGAUCAUCGCAUUAUCUGAAGGGACUGCUGCUUCUGUUUUGCUACAUUGUCAUUGCCGUAUGCUUUUUUGUUUUGAGACAGCGUGGAAGUAUGGAUUUCUAG